UUCCCAUUGAUUUGUGGACUGGCCAGGAUGCAGAACUCAGCUUCCGACGACGGAGCCUCUGCUAGCCACCAGCCGGAGGAGUCUCCAUCGGCUCCCUCCAAGAAAUCCAACGAUUCGGCAAAUGGCGCUGAGUUUCAAAUCAGUUUGAACGAAUUUCUAGAGUUUUUGAAACUAUCCUGUCAUGUGAAUGACAUGAUAGCAAAGUCCGAUAUGGGAAAACCACACACCAGGGAACCGGUGCCGCCGAUGGAGGGCAGUGCUGUCACAGCCAAGCGAAAUUCCAAACAGGACGAAUUCGAUUUUGCUCAAUUAGCGGACAAUCCGUUGGUAAACGAACUUCUCGGUCUACGUCGUCCAUCCCGGAGUUCCAGUAUUCGGCAACCAGACGAGAGUCGUUCCAGUUUGCUCCAGGAGGCAAAAUCCAGUGUACUGCGCUCGGGACACAGCCACCAAAGUCGAUCAUCCCGUCCAGAGUCCACCUACCGGGGAUUACAUCCCAAGCUGGGCGAGCAAUUGGAUGCUGCUAUUAAUGAGGGUGUCCUCGACUCUGUGUUGUCCUUCAUUUGCCCCGUUCCUUUACCCCCACAGCUCCAAAAUGGCAAAAAUAAGCACAAGCAGUUACUGCCACCAAAAGAGGUAAUCACCCAGACAUCGCCGACGCCGACUCUGAAUCCUGUUCCCCCGGCAGCUUCACUUCCCUCUGGAGCAUCUAAAUCUUUAAUAGAGAUAGGCCACUCGCAUGGUACUAUUCCUGCAGCUAGUCCAUCGGCUCCUUGUCUGCAACAGGCGCAUCAUGGAGGAGAUGCACUGCAUCCGGAACAGAUCACAAACAGCAUGGUGAGAGCAAUGAUUAAGGAACCGAUUUCGAAGCCAGUUGGAAUGAACGCCGGAAGACGCAAAUCGCUGUUGCUGGUUAAGGACAGCAAGCAUGCCAGACAGGAGCGAAAGGAACCCGAAGUAGUGAUCCACGUCUGCGAUGAGGUGAAAAACACCUCAAAGGACUUCUCUUGCCCGCAACACCUGCUGGUGACCAAAAUGGGCUAUUUUGCUGACGUGACUGCGGGUCAGCGAUUGGAAGAAAUGGACAUAUCUGUGCAUUGCGAUAUCCUGAUCUUUGACUGGCUUAUGAAGUGGAUCAAGCACAGUGCACAAAGCCAGGAUCAUCCAGCUGCCACUCAAAGCACCGGUCCCCAGUUGGACGGUAAUAAUGUGGUUCCCAUUUUAGUGUCGGCCAGCUUUUUACAGAUGGAGCCUCUACUGCUGGAGUGCCUGACCUUUUGUCAUGCCCAUCUUAGUGAAGUGGUCCGGACAUCAACGAAUCUCUCGUGUUUAAAUGAUGCCUUGGUCACCCGUCUGGCGGCCAUGUUCACAAAUUUGGAACUGGAGAUGGUGAGAGACAAAAAAGAACGUGUAACACCUCGCCUAUGGACCAAGUUAAUACAGUCGCUCUGCGAACCUGAUCCUGAGGCACUGAGAGGACAUUUCUAUAGCAUGUCCGGAUUAUUUCGAUGCUCCCGUUGCUUUAAUUGCUUGACCAACACGAUGAAAUCUUAUGUGAGCUGUGUGCCUAGUAAUAUCCGUCUAAACCGCUGGGGUCAACUGAUGAGCCACCAUGUGCGGGAUACCAACUGGGAUCUAAAUGUCUAUAUAGUUCAGCUGUUCAAGGAACUGAAGUCAUGGCGUAAGGUGUAUUGGAAAUUGUGGGGUCACUGCCAUUAUCUGUAUUGCUGCACUUGCGAGGCACACUUUCCGGUAUACCAGAUGCACUGGUGCCGCUUCCAUCCGGAAUCACCCAAUUUUCUAGGACCCGUUGGCAAUGCCGGACCAGCGGGCCGUUUUUCCUGCUGCGGUCAGCAGGCUUUUCGCUAUGAGACGCUUCCAGGACCAAACGGUUGCCAGUUCCGUGAGCACAGUGUCUUGGUUGAAACGGAUCGUGAGCGUGCCAUUUUGGCCAUUGCUCAAUUGGUUGCCGAAAACUAUGCUUUGUGUGAGCAACCACCGUUGAAGAUCCAGGAAUUAGCAACCGCCGGCGAGAUCUGUCCUAGCUGGCAAGGAAUCUCUCUGACUCCCCAAAGAUGCCGUCAAGGCCUUCUGCCCCAGCUUUGCAUGGAUAGUGUGCUGAAGAGAGUGACCAACCACCGGGUAAGUCGUCGAAUGCGAGGAUCUCGCUACCAAAUAGACACCAGCACCGAUUCCGAGACUACGUCCACCAGUGAAGAUGAUGCUCGAUGCCUACGUCCUCGCAUGCGCAAUGUUCACGAUGACGAUGAUGAGUACAGCACUAGCAGUGACGGAUGCGAAUCAGAGCAUCGUCCUCCGCCCAGGAAAACGCGUGGAAAAAAGUCACGAAAGCGUCCCACUGAUGUGUCGGGUCGCUUUUGGUCUGGUGAGCUGUCGGCUCGAAGCAAUCAAGAUCAUCAGCGAGACUUCGAAGAGAAGAUUAUGAAGCAAGUGGCCAAUUAUGUGACCAAAAAGACCGGAACGGAUCAGUGCCUAGUACAGAAUGCCCAACCGCUAGGUGGCUCCUAUGUGCGGCUUGAGUCCGAGUGGAAGGAGAUGCUAAAGCAGCGCCACAGCCAUCACAAUUUCCAGGGAGCAAACACCACUGGGGUCUCAUUACCCCAAAGCAGCAACACCUGCCUGGGAUCCGCAAUGGCAACUGGUGGAUCCUCCGUAUCCGUCAUAUCCAAGCAAAAGCAUAAGUAGAAGUUCUUUAUCGAGUAGAAGUCAAAAGUUCAAAAGCCAUGAACGUAGACCAAAUAUUUAGUCACAGAUUACUAGACAAAUGGUUAGCGCAAAUAUGAAAAUGUAGAAAAAAAAUUAUUCAUUGAAAAUGUAGACAAAUAUAGAAGUUAUUAAAAUGCAA